CAUGACCGCGUCUUUGGCUCGUUACUUCCUGUACCACGGUUGUUUUCCUGCGGGAGAAAAAAAAAUAACGGAGCUGCGAGCCAGCCAGCCAGACAGACCCCUGACGGUCAGAGCUGAGGAGGGGGCGUGAAAAAAAACCUCAACCUGUCUGUAACGUUUUAAUCGUCGCUCACCUGUUAAUUUACUAAAUUGCGGAGAAAUGAACACCGGAGGUUGCGGGUAGCUGUAAGCUGACCACACAUCCGACACGUCCUUUCGUUUUCUGAAGAGAAACAAACGCAAGAUUUAAUCAGCAAGAAGGAGGCCAACUGCUGUUUUUUUUCUCCUUCCCCUCUGUGAUAACCGUUAACAGUAGCAGCAAGUGGUGGCUACUUGACGUUAGCUCCGUUUUUACCCCCCCUCCCCAACAACAACCAGCGCUUUCUCUAUCAACAAUAUGUCAAAAUAUACGAGCUUUCCUGAGCCCACGGACGACCACAACCCUUUCCAGGACCCUGCAGUGACUCAACACAGCAGCAACACAGGAUAUGCCACACUGGACCUUUACAACCCAUUUGAUAAUACGACUGGAGUGACUGGGCCUCCACCACCGUAUGAAGCCACCUCUCCUUCUGCACCGUCUGUGCCUGCGCAGACCCCACCCAGCAGGACGACACCCACCGAGCCUCGCAACUAUGGCUCCUAUAACUCCCAGACUGCAGUAAAUGCUACCACAGCGGAGCUCUUGAAGAAGCAGGAGGAACUCGAGAAGAAAGCCCGGGAGCUGGAGAGGAGAGAGCGGGAGCUCGAGUCACACAGCUUGGGACCUGGAGCCUCCCGUCAGAAUAACUGGCCCCCGCUGCCUUCAUUCUGCCCUGUGGGCCCCUGCUUCUACCAGGACAUCAAUGUGGAGAUCAGCCAGCGCUUCCAGCGUACCGUCACCGUCAUGUACUACUUCUGGAUGUUCUGCACUUGCACGCUGCUCUUCAACCUGAUCUCCUCCCUGGCUAUGUUCUGCGUGGACCCCUCUGGUGGUGUUGGCCUGGGCCUCGCCAUCCUCUGGGCCCUCCUCUUCACCCCCUGCUCCUUCGUCUGUUGGUAUCGACCUGUGUACAAAGCCUUUAGGAGUGACAGCUCCUUCAACUUCUUUGCCUUCUUCUUCAUCUUCUUUGCCCAAGUGGUUGUCUUCGUCAUCAUGACCAUCGGUAUCCCUGGAUGGGGUUUCAGCGGGUGGAUUGUGAGCCUGGCUGCUCUGAAGACCAGUGUCCCAGUUGGUGCGAUCAUGAUGAUGAAUGCCGUCCUCUUCACCGCCCAAACUGCCAUGGGAGUUUUCAUGCUGAAGAAGGUCCACAGUCUGUACAGGCAGACCGAUGCCAGCUUUCAGAAGGCCCAGGCCGAGUUCGCCACCGGAGUCAUGUCCAAUCAGGCUGUACGCCAGGCCGCCACCAACGCUGCCCAGGGGGCCUUCACCGCACCCCGAUAGAGAGGGACGAGAGGGGUUGGGAGGGUAAGAAGGGGAGGAUGGAGGGCCCUUUCAGCCUGAUAGAGGAUCUGUUUGAUAUUUAUUUCCCCACUGGUGAUUAGAAUUUGAAAAGGGGGAGGGUGGGGGGGGGGCGGAAACUGAGUCUAUAUAAUUACCCCGGGGCAACUUAACACCAGGGCACGUGCAUGAGACAGAAGUGGGGUUGUGUAUUAUGUAAAGGUGUACAGGACAAGUUAGCUACAUUGCCAAACCAGGAGUCAACAUAUCAUAAGUGUUGAUUCGAGGCACGGAACGAUGGUGUGAGAUGUGAAAACAAUAAGCUGUGUGACAUUUAGUGCAGUUAAACCAAGUGUCAGUGAAUGCAGGGAAAAAGCUUUUUAUAUCAAAAGAAAAGCUAUGUGCCAAGUCGAACAUGUUUGGACAGUACUAGCCUGGAUAUCUCCCUUUUUUUUUUUUUUUUUUGUUAAAAUGACUUGGAUGUACAUUCUGUUUACGAGGAGCCAUGUUUAAGACAAAGAGUAAGAGGGGCUGCUGAACACUGAAUUAUUGCCAUUUUAACAUUUGAUCCAUAACUGAGUGGCUCAACUUUAUCCAAAUGCUCCUUUUUUCUUUUUUUUUUUUUGCAUUAAGUGUUAAACUAACAUGUUGUUUUUGCUAUUAUUGCAAAUGAGAAUGCCUAUUUACCUUAUUGCCAAAACUUCUCACACUGUAAUGAAUAUGUGUUGUUUUGGUUACACUAUCUCUGUCACUGUUCUGUUGGUGCUGCUUGUGGUUAUUAUGAUUAUUACAUGUCACUGUCUUGGUUUUAAUAAAAAUAUACUGUCAUGCUUA